AUGAUUCAAGAAGCAAAGAUCACACUACACAAGGCUUUCAAGAUUAAAGACCUAGGAAACUUGAAAUAUUUUCUGGGCAUUGAGGUUUGCAGGUCUGCAAAAGGAAUUCUUUUAUGCCAAAGGAAGUAUGCUCUAGAAGUUACAGCAGAAUUGGGACUGUCUGGUGCCAAGCCUACUAUUACAACAAUGGAACAAAAUAAACAACUUACAAUUGUUGAGUAUGAUGAACAUUGUCAUCUGGACAAUGAUCCAACACUAGCAGAUGUGAGGAGCUAUCAGAAGUUGAUUGGAAAGCUUUUAUACUUGACCUUGACAAGACCCAAUAUUGCUUAUAGUGUGCAGACUCUAAGUCAAUUUAUGCAAGCUCCCAAGCAGUCUCAUCUUGAAGCAGCAUACAGGGUAGUCAGAUAUGUGAAGAAUGAGCCAGGGCUUGGGAUUCUUAUGAGCGCAAUUGGGGACAUGACUCUUAGUGCACAUUGUGAUUCAGACUGA